CUUCGGGGUAAAUUGACGCUAAAUCAUGCGUGAGAUAGUUCACGUACAAAUUGGACAGUGUGGAAAUGGCAUCGGUUGUCGGUUUUGGGAGGUGAUUGCUGAUGAGCACGGCGUUGAUUGCUCGGGAAAUUGGCGCGGGGAAUCCGAUCUACAACUGGAGCGGAUGAAUGUGUUUUUCACGGAAGCCAGAGGCGGAAGAUUCGUACCAAGGGCGAUUCUAGUAGACCUGGACGAGUCGAGUCUCGCCUCGGCGAUGUCUUGUUCCAUCGGUCGGCUCUUCAGUCCAGAUAAUGUCGUGUCGGGUCGGGCAGCAGCCGCGAAUAACUGGGCCAAGGGUCAUUACACCGAAGGGGCGGAAAUUAUGGACCACACUUUGGAGCUGAUCCGCAGGGAGGCUGAGAGUUGUGAUAUGAUACAGGGAUUUCAAGUUGUCCAUUCGCUAGGGGGUGGAACGGGCUCGGGAAUGGGAGCCCUACUCCUCACGAAUAUCAGGGAAGAAUAUGGAGACAGAAUAGUCUCGACGUACUCGAUUCUACCGUCGGCGAAGAUGUCAGAGACCGUUGUGGAGCCGUACAACGCAACCCUCUCGAUCCACCGAUUGGUAGAGACAACCGACGAGACCUUUCUUAUCGAUAAUGCAGCACUGCACGAGAUUUGCACGCGAACUUUGAAGCUUAUCAAGCCAUCUUACGGCGAUACCAAUCACCUCGUGGCGAUUUGCAUGGCGGGGGUGACCACUUGUUUGAGAUUUCCCGGGCAACUCAACGCGGAUUUGCGGAAGAUACUCGUGAAUAUGGUGCCCUUUCCACGGCUGCAUUUCUUUGCACCUGGGUAUGCACCGCUGGUGUCGAGGGGCGGCGGUGCUUACCGGGCGGUCAGUGUUCCGGAGCUUACGAAGCAAAUGUUCGACGCGAAAACACUUUUUGUGCAGUGCGAUCCUACCACAGGACGGUAUCUCACUGUUGCCGCGAUCUUUCGGGGGAGAAUGUCUACGAAGCAAGUGGAUGAACAAAUGCGGAAUAUUCAGGACAAAAACAGCAGAUACUUCGUCGAGUGGAUUCCCAACUGUAUAAAAACAGCAAUCUGCGAUAUACCGCCUCGAGGGCUCAAAAUGGCAGCUUCGGUAAUCUCCAAUACAACUGCGAUCCAAACGCCCUUCAAAAGAAUUUCCGAGGCAUUCGGUGCAAUGUUUAAGCGGAAAGCUUACAUUCACUGGUACGUAGGUGAAGGCAUGGACGAGAUGGAGUUUAGUGAAGCCCAGAGUGGACUUCACGACUUGAUAUCGGAAUACCAACAGUACCAAGAGGCGAACGGGUACGAAGAUGAUGAUAAUGAUGCUGACGAUGAGGAAGAAUAG